AUGCAUUCGAGUGGAUUCAGGGUUAGUGUCCAGGAUAUUUGUUUCGGACUGACAGAUCUUCCUCUACCAUGUUUGCAUUGUGUUGCCAAGCUUCCUUCUUGUGUAGUGCAAGGCUGGAGGCCUGGAACUCAGACAGGCCAAGGCCGACUCUGCGAUGAGAGGGGAAAGUUUACAAAUGGGAAAAUCAAAUCAGAUUAUGAUGUCAUUCAAAUGCUAACAGUAGUGUACCUAGUGGUCAUGCAUGUAGAGGCGGCCGAUUAA